CUUGUGGUUUUUCCGAUUUCUUAUUCUCCAGUAUAUGCACUGAGCUUGAACUACUAUGACAAUGUCUGCCCUCAUCUGGAGUACACUGUUACUUCUGCUGUCAAAAAAGCUAUGAUCAAUGACAAGACAGUUCCAGCUGCUUUGCUUCGAAUGCAUUUUCAUGACUGUUUUAUUAGAGGAUGUGAUGGUUCUGUGCUUUUGGAGUCAAAGGGAAAGAAUAAAGCAGAGAAAGAUGGGCCCCCUAACAUUUCAGUGCAUGCUUUUUACGUUAUUGACAAUGCAAAGAAAGCAGUAGAAGCUAUGUGUCCUGGUGUUGUCUCUUGUGCUGAUAUUUUGGCUCUAGCUGCAAGGGACGCUGUUGCUUUGUCAGGAGGGCCCAGUUGGAAUGUCCCUAAAGGAAGAAAAGAUGGAAGAAUUUCAAAGGCAAGUGACACUAGGCAAUUGCCUGGUCCCACUUUCAACAUUUCUCAAUUACAACAAAGCUUUUCACAAAGAGGACUUUCCCUUGAAGAUCUAGUUGCUCUCUCUGGAGGUCACAGUCUUGGAUUCUCCCACUGUUCUUCCUUCCAGAACAGAAUCCACAACUUCAAUAAGAGUAUAAACAUUGACCCGACGUUGAACCCAUCAUUUGCAACGAGUUUAAGGAAUGUAUGUCCGAUGCACAACAAGGUUAAAAAUGCAGGUGCUACAUUGGAUUCUUCAACAACUGUAUUUGAUAAUGCUUACUAUAAAUUACUUGUCCAAGGCAAGAGUCUCUUCUCUUCUGAUCAAGCUCUGCUAACUACUCCAAAAACCAAAGCUCUGGUUUCUAAGUUCGCCAACUCUCAGGAAGAGUUCGAAAUGGCUUUCGUUAAGUCCAUGAUCAAGAUGAGUAGUAUUAUUGGCUGUGGACAAGAGAUUAGGCUAGACUGUAAGGUUGUUAAUUAGGAGAUGUUAAUUUAAGGCUGUCGAAGUGGACAACCACAGAAUUCGAAUUUGAAUUAUUGUUUUUCUGUAAUUGAUUUAAGUGAAACAUAAAUUUUUUUAUGGAUUUUUUUUAA